AUGGGGCAGAAAUUGAGCUGUGGACAGCAAUCUAAUGAACAUGGAUUGUUUAUUGCAGUCCAAAAUGGUGAGGUUGAAAAAGUUGAAGCUAUGGUUGAUGAAAAUCCAAAUGUGAUUAGACUGAAAACUCUUCGUGGGAAGCUUUCUGCACUUCAUGUAGCUGCUGUUAAUGGCCAGAUCGAGGUUCUGUGUAUGCUUUUGGAUCGCGGAGUUAAUCCAGACAUCUUGAAUCGCCACAAACAGACCCCAUUAAUGUUAGCUGCUAUGCAUGGAAAUGUGUCCUGCGUGGAGAGGCUAAUUCAGCUAGGUGCUAAUAUUUUAAUGUUUGAUUCACUACAUGGAAGAACUUGUUUGCAUUACGCUGCUUACCAUGGCCACUCUGACUGCCUACAAUCUAUUCUUGCAUCCGCUCAUUCGGCUCCUGUUGCUCAAUCUUGGGGAUUUGCGAGAUUUGUGAACAUAAGAGAUGGAAGUGGUGCAACCCCAUUGCAUUUAGCAGCACGUCAUGGUAGACCAGGAUGUGUCCGGAUUCUUCUAAGCAAUGAGGCUCUUGUCUGUGCUUCUAGUGGUGGCUAUGGCCGUCCAGGAAGUACACCACUGCAUUUAGCAGCUCGAGAAGGCUCUUUGGACUGUGUACGUGAGUUACUUGCUUGGGGUGCAGAUCGACUUUAUAGAGAUUCUUCUGGGCGAAUUCCAUACAUAGUUGCUUUGAAGAACAAGCAUGAAGCAUGUGCUGCUCUUUUAAAUCCAUCAUCUCCAGAGCCUUUAACCUGGCCAGCACCUUUAAAGUUCAUUACUGAGCUUGAUGCUGAGGCAAAAGCUUUACUAGAAAAUGCUCUGAUCGAGGCCAACAAAGAUAGAGAGAAGUUGAUAUUGGAAAAAACAGCUGUCUCACAAAUAUCACUUUCGCAUUGUGAUUCUGGCCUCGAGAGUGAUGACUUUGAGGCCAGUGAUUUCGAGCUAUGUUGCAUCUGCUUUGAGCAAGCUUGCACGAUUGAGAUACAAAAGUGCGGUCAUCAGAUGUGUGCUCAUUGCACUCUGGCCUUAUGCUGCCACAAUAAACCCAAUCCAGCUAGCAAUAGUGAGAAGGUUCCUUUAUGCCCCUUUUGCCGGAGUGAUAUCACUCAUUUAGUCGUUGUCCAGAAUAAAAUCGACACUUAUGAAGAGGUAUUAAGUCCCUCGAGGCCAAGAAAAUCAAGAACGUCUUUCAGUCAUGCUGAAGGCGACAGCAGCAGCAGCAGCAGCAGCAACACCAGCUUGAAAGUUUUGUCACCCUUAACCUCAUUUGGUAAGUUGGGUUGUCGCCAUUCAGGCAAAAUCAGUGCUGAACGCAUUGAAGUAUUUGCUAAGCCUUAA